AUGAAUAUAAUCGAUUGGCAAUUUACGUUGAUCAUGCCGGCAUUCAUGCAAGCUCAGUGGCCUUCUUUUAUCACACCCCCGGAUGAUUAUGAAAUCGGGAUGGUCAAGCCGGAACUUCCUCCAAAUUUUGACGCAAUGGACUCUAAUGAAAAGUCGUAUGCGCUUACCGAGCGAAACCGUGCUUUGCUUUCAAAAUGUUAUGAAGCAGCACUUGCCAAGAACCACCUUUCGUCCUACUUGGCUCUCACUCGCGUCGAUUCAGACUUACGGCAACUAUUCACAUAUUGUGAAAACACGACUAGGGAUGGAAUAGUUCCGCUUCGUGAUUAUUUAAUUCAUAUCUCUGAAAAGUGGAGCGAAAUGGGAUUCAAUGAAAGUUAUCCAUAUCUAAUGACAGAUGACGAUUUAUCGAAACAUGAACUUGAGCUUUCUAGGUACAAAGACUGGCAGACGUUAAAAGGCUACACCCAGGAGUUGCUGCAAUCAGAUACUGACGGUUGGAUAUCCCCUCAACUUGACUUUCAGAAAGUUUCUGAAAGACACAACGAGCUGUAUAAACUCUAUAUGGAAAGAGAAAUAGAAGAGUUAUCAGAAGAGGAUGCGAAAAAUCUCUGGUAUUAUGUCGAUGAAUCGUGA